ACUAUUUUAAAUUUAGGGUCUAAAAGCUAUGAUGUCCAGUUCCUGCAAAUUACCAACUACCAGAGAAAAAUUUUACUCGUGCGCAAAUGUACUCACAACGGCGGCCUCUAGUGACAGAUAUCGGCCUAACAAGCACCAGAACGUAUUCCGCUGUCCCCCGGAAGUGACGCAUUCACUGAUUGUCAACAUGCAAGAUGGCGACUCAUCACAGACAGAACGCUGCUGGACGGAGGAAAGUCCAGGUUUCCUAUGUGAUUAGGGAUGAGGUGGAGAAGUACAAUCGUAACGGUGUAAAUGCCCUUCAGCUGGAUCCUGCUCUCAACAGACUCUUUACAGCCGGUCGAGACUCCAUCGUCAGGAUAUGGAGUGUCAAUCAACACAAAGAUCCUUACAUCGCUUCGAUGGAGCAUCACACUGACUGGGUGAAUGACAUCAUCCUCUGCUGUAAUGGAAAAACAUUGAUAUCAGCCUCCUCGGACACCACUGUGAAAGUCUGGAAUGCACACAAGGGAUUCUGUAUGUCCACGUUACGGACACAUAAGGACUACGUCAAAGCUUUAGCAUAUGCGAAAGACAAGGAGCUGGUGGCAUCAGCCGGGCUGGACAGGCAGAUCUUCCUGUGGGAUGUGAAUACGCUGACCGCUCUGACCGCCUCUAAUAAUACAGUCACCACUUCCUCGCUGAGUGGAAACAAGGACUCCAUCUACAGUCUGGCCAUGAAUCAGGCAGGAACCGUGAUCAUCUCAGGAUCUACAGAAAAGGUUUUGAGGGUCUGGGAUCCACGGACAUGUGCCAAGCUAAUGAAGUUGAAAGGCCACAGUGACAACGUCAAGUCAUUAUUACUAAACAGAGACGGCACCCAGUGUCUCUCCGGUAGCUCAGAUGGUACAAUACGCUUGUGGUCUCUUGGCCAGCAGCGAUGUAUUGCCACAUACCGGGUCCACGACGAGGGUGUGUGGGCCUUGCAGGUGAACGAGGCCUUCACGCACAUUUACUCUGGUGGACGUGACCGAAAAAUCUACUGCACUGACCUGCGAAACCCUGACAUACGUGUGCUCAUAUGUGAAGAGCAAGCUCCUGUCCUAAAGAUGGAAUUGGACAAAUCAGCCGACCCUCCUCAAGCCAUUUGGGUGUCCACAACUAAAUCAUUUGUGAACAAAUGGUCUCUAAAGGGCAUGCUUAACUUCAGAACAUCUGGAGACUACGACAAUGACUGUAGUGCCCCACUGACUCCUCUGUGUACACAGCCAGAGCAGGUCAUCAAAGGUGGCACCAGCAUCGUUCAGUGUCAUAUUCUCAAUGACAAGAGGCACAUACUCACUAAAGACAGCAAUAACAGUGUGGCAUUCUGGGAUGUCCUCAAGGCAUGCAAGGGAGAAGACCUGGGUAAAGUGGACUUUGAUGAGGAAAUUAAGAAGAGGUUUAAGAUGGUCUAUGUGCCGAAUUGGUUUUCUGUAGAUCUCAAAACAGGGAUGCUGACUAUCACGCUGGAUGAAAGCGAUUCCUUUGCGGCGUGGGUGGCAGCUAAAGAUGCUGGUUUUACAAGCCCAGAUGGCUCUGACCCUAAGUUGAAUCUGGGUGGGCUGCUCCUGCAGGCUCUGUUGGAAUUCUGGCCCAGAACUCACAUAAACCCAAUGGAAGAGGAGGAAAAUGAACUCAAUCAUGUAAACGGUGAACAAGAGAGUCGAAUUCAAAAGGGCAACGGCUACUUCCAGGUUCCCCCACACACUCCUGUCAUCUUUGGUGAAGCAGGCGGAAGAACGCUGUUUAGGUUAUUAUGCCGUGAUUCUGGGGGAGAGACAGAGUCUAUGUUACUGAAUGAAACUGUACCUCAAUGGGUUAUUGAUAUCACUGUAGAUAAAAACAUGCCAAAAUUCAACAAGAUCCCAUUCUACCUCCAACCUCAUUCAUCAUCUGGAGCCAAAACACUCAAAAAGGACCGUCUGUCUGCGAGUGACAUGCUUCAGGUGCGGAAAGUGAUGGAACACGUCUAUGAGAAGAUCAUCAACCUUGACACAGAGUCACAGACCACCAGCUCUUCAGCCAAUGAGAAGCCGGGAGAGCAGGAGAAAGAGGAAGACAUGGCAGUGAUGGCCGAAGAGAAGAUUGAGCUCAUGUGUUUAGAUCAGGUUUUGGAUCCAAACAUGGACCUCCGGACUGUUAAGCAUUUUAUCUGGAAGAGCGGUGGAGACCUGACCCUUCAUUAUAAACAGAAAUCCACGUGAGCCCCUCCGACCACCUUCAGCCCGCAUCACUUCGACUUCCAGAAGAAGCAUCCCAGAAUGCCCUGCUCUUCUCAGGUCUGAUUAGUCACCCAGGAGGAAUGUUUUUUUCUUCUCAUUCUCUUUGCACCGGCUGAAGUGACAGAGCCAGCAGAAAGAUCUGACCGACAGCUGAAGGUUAAAGACUAAAGAUCGACUGUAGAUUGAUGCAGUUGUUGCGAUGUGCUGUAAACAAGGACUUUGUAUUUUUUCUAUUAUUUCAUUAUUUUUUUUGUAUAUUUAUUACUGUUGUGUUUGUCCAGCAUGAUGAUGAUGAUGCACACGAGUACUUCCAUUCUCAAACAUUCCAGACACUUUUCAACUAGACCAGAACUGAGAUCAGCUGCUCUUUAAAGCUCCAUUGCUCCCAUUUUUUGUUUUCUUCCACAAAUAAACAAAGUACAACUUUUAUUUUCUAGGGUUAAUAUGUUGUUGUAAUUUAUUUGAAGCUUUUUUUGUAUCAACCAAACUUUGCAAUCAGAAAAUCGAAACUGUCCAAUGAGGAUCUAGAAACUGUUUCAGCAAAUUUCGCAAUCAGAAAUCGAAACUGUCCAAUGAGGAUCUAGAAACUGCAUUUCAGCAACGCAGCCAGUAAAAAAUAAAAAAAAGUUCUUGUUUUUAAUGUAUAGAUGCAAUUUAUUGCAUACGUGUCAGACACUUUCCAAAUGGAAAUGUUUCAUCUGAAUGUUUGUUCUUUUUGUGUGUGUGUGUGUGAAUCUGAGCACAGCUUCUGGGAAAUAUGGCCCUGCCCUUGUUAACUAAUGUGGCAUUAGGACUGACUUGUCUUUUGAAUAAAAAUUGAAACUGUUUUUUCACUCUUGGUGUCUGAACAUGAUUUAUAAAUAUUUGUAAACAUGGUUAAUAUUUCACUUUUGAGGAAGGAAUGCAGGAUUUCAUGAAUCUCAUGUCUGGAUCAUAUUUAUAUCUCAAAAGCAAAAGAUAAAUGCUAACACUACAGUGAGGUUCUGUUUGUUGUUAAUGCAUUAGACAUGAAUUUUUACAUUAACUGAUGUUAAUGUAUAAAACAAAAUUUUAAAAUGUAUACAUAGUAAUUAGCCUAGAUUAAUAAUUGCUGUGAACAUUUAUUGUUCACUGUUAGUUCAUAACUAAUACUUUAAUUAGUUAAUAAAUCAACCUGUGUUAACAAAAAUAUUUUGCAUUAAGAAAAUGACUUUUUUUUUUUUGAUCCAGGCAAUUAAGUAUAUGCACCCAUCAUAAUUGUGUAAAACAAUGUGAAAGAAUACAAAAACAUUUUACUGAAUUUUUGAAACAAUAUGUAUUGUGAAAAGCACUAUACAAAUAAACGUGAAUUGAACUUAACAAGUGCAAGUCAGAAUAAUUGUAUUUUAUUUUUUAUAACAGUAACAAGUUGUGAUGCUUAAAAACUCAAUGUAAAAAAAGUGUUUAAAAAAGUAGGCUUCAUUUUCAUAAUACAAAAUAAAAGUUCAAGAUUUCAAGUUCUACAGUUGAAAUGUAGUUGUGUUAAUGUGUGGAUUCAGCUGCAGAAACUAACUCCAUAAAGCAGGCACAAUUUAUUUAUUAACUGAAUAACACAAAUAUGUACAUAUGAAGACAAAUGUAAACAAUGCAUUUUGGUUAGAAACAAAAUUGAACAUUCCUUAAUGAUAUGUGCAUUACAUUUAUUUUUCCUUGAUAGAGCUCAUAAUCUGCUCAAUUCAGUGCUUUCCCAGAGUUCUCAUCUCUAAUCUCCUCAUAAAUAACAGAUAGAUCAGAAAAACUUUCAGCACUUCAUGAAUAAGUGAACCUUUGAUUUUGCUCCAAGCAUGUAUGAAUGCCUACAGAGCUCCUCCAGUUUUCACAGAACAAAGUACAGCAUGUCAACAGAGCAACUUAAAUAUGUACUAUGACAAAGAGAAAUAUUAAAGCAAACAAUAGUGUUUUGCAAUGCACCAGCCUGUAUGAACACCAAUGACCAAAAUCACUGGUUCAUUUGUCUGAAAUGUAUAUUUGAAUUUGGUGCAGAUGUAUUGCACAAACACACAAACCACUUCAUCAGUCACACACUAAAUACCAACUGAUGUAAAAAAAACAAAAAAAAAAACAAGAA